AUGAGAUUCUCACAACUAGUCACUGCCUUACCCUUGUGGUUCGGAAGCGUGAAUGCAAACCAGAGCUGGGCAGGCUGGGCAGGACUGGGAGACCAGACAAAGUGGUCCACCCCCUGCUGUAGCCCGAACGUCGUGGAUGUGGAUAUCGCAAUCAUUGGUGGUGGUUCCGGUGGCAUCCACGCCGCAAUUCAUUUGAAGGACGCCGACGCCAGCGUCAGUGUCAUCGAGAAGAAGGACCAGAUCGGCGGCACACAGAAACAUAUACCAACCCUACCACCGGCGUCGUCACUAACGUUAGUGUUAUCGUUUUUGAGAACACAGACCUGGUCAAGCGGCAUUCCUAUCCCGGCCCCGGAUGACCAGCAGCAGGCUAUUCGAGCUGCCGCGCAAGCCUACACCAAGAAUGUGCUAAGCAAGUACGGAUGGGUUGACCAGGGCUUUUUAGUCCCGGACCCGGUUCCCGAGGAGUUAUACCUACCCUUCAGCCAGUUUGCAGAGAAUUACAACUUUUCUGCUCUCCUUCCUACUAUCGCGCAAGUCGACUGGUAUAUAGGCAACCUCACGACACUCCCGGCCUUAUACGGCAUUAAGAGCCUCGGACCCGGCUUGCUCGGUAGUGUCUUCGGCGAGUUUAUACUAUCUAGCACAGGCAACAGCAGAAGCCUAUACGACGCGGCCCUAAAGGAACUAGGCUCUAGUGUCCUCUUGAACACCACGAUCCUUAAUAUCGAUCGUCACUCUAACUCGACUGGUGUGACUCUCUUGGUUUCCCAGCCCGGAAGCGCCCCUAAGACAAUCCGUGCCCGCAAGUUGUUAGUCGCCAUCCCGCCGACCCUAAAGAACAUCUGGUCCUUCGACCUCUCUAAGCAAGAGGAGGCUAUCUUCUCCAAGUUCUCCUCCCUCGGCUACUUUGCCGGCGUGGCUAAUGUCCCGGGUUUCAAUAGCACGUUGACUAAUAUGGGCGCCCUAACUCCUUUCAACCAGCCUAUCAUUCCGGGUAACCAUGGCUUUAUCACCACAGGAUCGCCUAACGAAUUCCAGAUCGGAGGGGGCUUCGACAGCGGAGACGUCACGGAUGAAGAAGGAAAGGACCUCGUCCGUAAGAACCUGGCCACCCUAGCGGCGGUGGGUGCCGUCCCGGCGGAUGCGGCACAUUCUGUCACGUUCCCGUACACAUCCAACCACAUGCCGUACAAUGUACGUGUCACGGCUGAGGAUAUCAAGGCUGGCUUCUACGCCAAGCUUCUAGCGCCACAGGGCUCCCGCAAUACGUACUGGACUGGCGCGGCGUUUUCUGGCCACAACAGCGCUCUGGUCUGGAACUGGAAUGAGGGAACGAUUGUGCCUGGCCUGAAGAAGGACCUUGGCCUGAAAUAA